AAGAUAAGAUUUUAGGUUUUAUACCAACCUUUGAAAUGGAGAAAUAACAAGUAAAUAACUUGUCUUCUCUAUGGCCUUAACUACUGGAAGUAGUGCUUAUUCUCUUUCAAGAUUUUAUGUGCAAGCAGCUGAUACCAAAGAAAUUAAAGUGACAACAAAAAAAGAAACUUGGCAUGGAAGAAGAGAGCUUCUAUUUUCAACAGUUAUUGCAGCUGUCCAAGUCAAUGAUUCUAAAACUGAGCUUCUUCAGAGAUAUCUCAAGAAGUCAGAAGAGAACAAGGCCAAGAAUGAUAAGGAGAGAUUAGACAGUUACUAUAAGCGCAACUACGGAGACUAUUUUGGCUUUCUAGAAGGUGACCUGAAGCAAAAGAAAGAGCAACUCACUGAAGCAGAGCAAGGCAUUCUUAAGUGGCUUGAAACCAACAAAUGAAUAUCUCUCAAAAUGGUUGUGAAGGCAUAUAUAAGCCAAAUCAUAGAAAGUUUUUGAUGUAGUGAUUGUAUAUUAUAUUAGCAUCAAAUUCUUCCUCUCACAACCAUUAAAUUACUUUGAGGCUAUUUGUGCAAAGUUCUCUGUGCUAUGUUGGCAUUUCAGGGCUGUUUCGGACAAGUUCAGGGGUGUAAUAGGUCCCUGCAAAGUAUAGGUGUGUGACUGGUAAUUCGAGACAAAUUCAGGGGUGUUCUUAAUCUUUUUUGCCAAUUUUAUUCAUUUUCCAUCCUUCCCUCUUCCAUUAUACGGGUGUGAGACAAUGUUGCUCGGAUUCGUGUACGUAUUCUGUAUGGUAAAAGUAUUCGGUUUUUUGUGUAUUUUGAAGAAUCCGCACGAAAUGCUUACAACUUUAUCACACCCAUCGGACAUGAGUAUGUUAAGACAAAUGAAGGAUCCAUGUAACAUAAGCGAGAGAUGAGAUGAGGCUUCUAUUAAUAUUGUGCUUAGCUUUUGUUUU